AUGGCCCAAGCGAAGCCUGGCGGAGAGCGCCAAGUGCUGGAGUCGAUGUACUCGAUGAUUGCUCUCGUCUUCAUCCUCGUCGCCUGCGUUGAGCUAUGCGACGCCGCUACAGUCGUCGACGUGUAUCGGCUGAUCCAGUAUGACAUCUCCGGUGCUCCUUUCGGAUCUCGACUCGCCAACCUCAACCACCAUGCUGGUUCUUUGCAAUUCGCUCCUGGCUCUGAUCUCUCCCGCACUGUCCUCAUCAUCCCCUUACGUGAACUCAACAUCUCCUUCGUCAAAGAAUAUAUUACUCAAAACCAGCCUCUGGGAGGUUUGCUGUUUUUGCUGCCCCAAAUAUUUAAUAUAGAAAAUAGAGAAAGGGCAAAAAGUAAUCAUCAAACUGAUGGAGUGGAGCUAUUGAAGAAUGAUCUGGCCGAACUUGAAAAAUUACUUAUACAUUCCAAGAUACCUUAUCCUGUGUAUUUUGCUUUUGAAGAUGAUGAUAUUGAGGCUGUGUUGGCUGAUGUCAAGAGGAAUGAUGCCACUGGUCAACCCGCUACUGCAACUACUGGCGGAUAUAAGCUUGUUGUUUCAGUGCCAGAACCUAAGAAACGUGCAUCACCCACCAUCACAAACAUUCAGGGAUGGCUUUCAGGAUUCAAAACUGAUGGAGAUGCAAAUCAACUUCCAACUAUUGCUAUAGUAGCAUCAUAUGACACUUUUGGGGCAGCUCCUGCUUUAUCAGUUGGAAGUGAUAGCAAUGGAAGUGGUGUUGUGGCACUUCUUGAAAUUGCUAGGUUAUUUUCUGUUCUUUACUCCAAUCCUAAGACAAGAGGAAGGUACAAUUUACUUUUCGGGUUAACAUCAGGAGGCCCUUAUAAUUACAAUGGAACUCAUAAGUGGCUUCGGAGCUUUGAUCAACGCCAGCGCGAGAGUAUUGACUAUGCUAUUUGCUUGAAUAGUAUUGGAUCAUGGGAUAAUGACUUGUGGAUUCAUGUGUCUAAGCCUCCAGAGAAUGCCUACAUUAAACAAAUUUUUGAAGGUUUCUCUAAUGUAGCAGAAGAAUUGGGCGUUAAAGUUGGUCUGAAGCACAAGAAGAUAAAUAUUUCAAAUCCUCGAGUAGCUUGGGAGCAUGAACAGUUUUCACGGCUGAGAGUUACUGCUGCCACUCUUUCUGAACUCUCUGUUGCUCCUGAACUGUUAGAAAGUACUGGCAGUCUGGUUGAUGGCAGACCAUUCGUGAAUGAAGCUGCAAUCAUUAAAAGUGUCAAAUUAGUUGCUGAGAGCCUUGCGAGGCAUAUCUAUGGUCACGAAGGAAAGAACGUCCAAAUCUUUGCAGACAACAGUAGUCUAGCAGUCAAUCCUUCUUACAUAAAGUCAUGGUUGGAUCUCUUGUCACAAACACCCCGUGUGGCGCCGUUUUUAUCAAAGAAUGACCCAUUUAUCUUGGCAUUGAAGAAGGAAUUGGAAGAUCAUACCGAUGAGGUGAAUGUGCAGCAUGAGGUGCUUGACGGGAUGUUUACUUUCUAUGAUUCAACUAGAGCUAGCCUUAAUGUAUAUCAGGUUGCUAGUGUGACAUUCGACUUGCUGUUGCUUCUGGUGUUGGGAUCGUAUUUGAUAGUACUUUUCAGUUUCCUUGUCAUCACAACUAGGGGUCUUGAUGAUCUGAUCAGUUUAUUUCGAAGACCUCCAUCACGUAAGGUUGAUGUUUACGUUUCUGCAUGGCAAUUGAAUUUGAAUACGGCUCAAACAAACAAGGGCAGUGGUCAAGAUAGAACUAUUGUCUAUGGUCUAUGA